UCGCGUUCGGAGCAUCCAGGUGAUUUCAUGAACAUCUUCUACCAAUUUUCCACAAUCGAAUCCACUCGCUGCGUCGAUCAACGAUGGUGGUGCGAGGUGUGGGUGCUGUGGCCGCUGCUGCGGCGGCGGCGAUGAUGGCCGUGCUGGUGGUCAUGGCAUGCGUGCUGGACGUGCGAGAGCAUGCGGCUCUUGCGUGUGGCAUGACAACGCACAACGUGAUUGCCCAGCGCGCACGCCAGUGGUUCAAGGACACCAACGGCAUUGAUGCAGAGGACAUGAUUGCGCGCCACCUCGAUGCGCUCCAGGGUGGAAGCCCCUACCCCGAUUAUUUGUACACGUGCGGAACGGACCACAACGCUGGCGAGGACGCUCACUGGCCUCCUUUCCAGGCAGCUGCAGCCAAAUACAUCCACGACAAGUUCCCGCGCCCGUGGACCGCGGAGACGGAGAAGCUGGUGGUGUUUCUCCUGGGCGUGACCUCCCACUACAUUGCCGACAUCAACUGGCAUGGCCUGGCGCAGGUCCCGCACGGCCAGGGCUUCCUGCGCACGAUGGGCAUGCAGAACUACAACUGCACUGGUGACCUGUGCGAUAUUGCUCACACGGAGGGCGACACAGGCGGCGAGUUUGUGGCGGCAUACCAGCUCAACCUCACCUUUUUGCACGCCAACGACUGGUACGUUCCCGUGCAGGACCUCGUCAACAUCUACAAGUAUGCACCGGAGUUUGUCAACCGCACCGUCAACGCGUCCACCAUUGCCCGCUGCUCUGCGCUGUUCAAGGUCGCCACCAUCGCCAUCGAGGACGCCGGUGCCCUCGCAUAUCCGGUGGAGGUGCAGCCCGCACCGUUCCUGCCCGAGCAGUACAUGGACUUUACUGUUGGCGGGAUGGACGAUAACAGCGCAUGGACCGCGUUCAUGUGGAAUCGCAUGGUCAAGUGGGCCCUGCACGGCCCUCCCAACGGCUCCCUGCCACAACUCGCCACGCGCCCCGGUGAAUAUGGUGUUGCUGGUCGUGCUGAUACUGGCGCUCGUGCCGAUGGCGACGCAGACAAUGGCGUGCCGUCUUAUGAUGGCGUGUACGGUGCUGGGGGCGUUGUCGUGGACAGCGAGACGCGCCGCAAGGUGCGCCCGUCUGCAUCGUACGUUCGCCUCAUUCGCGCGUUUGAAGAUGUUGUUGACGAGCUGACCUCGGGGCCAGCCCCACCGCUGCAGCUUGUGCACACCUCGCGCGGCGUCCACGUGCGUCACCACCCGUCCCGCGUCACCGCAGCCCACCGCUCCCUGCUUCGCCAGCGGAUGCGCGCGUUUGUCAGGGGGCGGGCACGGCGUCGCGGUGUCUCCGAUCACAUUGUGCAGUGGUUUGACCGCGUGCUCGCCAGCGCCCCAAAGCAUGCGCCCAUCGACACCACAACGCUUCCGCACCCGACACACGCCACCGACGCUGCUUUCACGUCCCUUCCGUCGUCAUCUUCAUCCUCAUCAUCGUCAUCAUCAUCAACACCAACAUUGACCUCACCACCAGCGACCGUCCCGGCGGCUGCUGUGACCACGGCGACAGCGGCAGCGGAGCAGCAGCCCAACGCGUAUGUGGGCACAGCCAUGUGCACGGGCGACGUGAACAACGACGGCAUUGAGGAUGUGGUGGUCGGUGCGCCCGGUGUCGGUGACCACGGCCGCCCCCAGAUUGGCGCCGUGCUCGUGUACACACGCACGGGCAGCGGUGACCUGACGCUGCAGCACACCAUCAACGGCACGGACGGGUAUGCACGGUUUGGAUCGGCGUGCGCUAUUGGUGAUGUGAACGGUGAUGGAUUGGCUGACCUCGUGGUUGGCGCGCCGUCCGCCGAAGGGAAGGACCUGAAGCAAGUGGCCGGCAACUACACGGGCCGCGUGCACGUGUUCCUUGCGCGCGCUGCCAAGACGAUGCCGGCAGCCGAGCCGACAACGACCAUCGCCACCGCAACGCGCUGGGCCAGCCUCGGCCUGGCGGUGGCGGUCGUGCCUGCAUGCAACAGCAACGCCACCGACAGCAAUGCCACCGUGGCUGGCGGGCAGCUGCUUGUGGGCGCACCGUAUCACGGCGCUGACGACGGCGACACACUCCACCGCGGGGCAGUGGGUGUGUUCCGGCCCCGCUCCAGCUGGCCACGGCACCUGGACCUGGAGCAGGACGCAGACCUCCUUGUGCACGGCAACUCCCCUUACGCCUGGUUUGGUCGCUCCAUUGCCUGGGCGUGUGUUCCAAGCACAGCAACCGCCGACACCAGCAGCAGCAAGAGCAACAACAACAACAACAACAACAGCAGCAGCAGCAGCAACAGUGCGUGCCCGUUGUCGUCCUCGUCCUCGUCGUCAAUGGCUGCGGUUGCACUCAUUUCCAGCCCUGGUUACCACAACCCGGACAUUGGGUCUGUUGGCCAGCUCGUUGCCAUGGAUCUGGCCACAGGUGCUGUGCGCUUCACGCUGGCGGGUACAGACGACCGCGCAAAGUUUGGCUGGGCUGCAGCAAUUGUGUCCCCCAGUGGCCGUGGCAGUGGAGCUGGUUGCGGUGGUGCUGCUGGCAACGGCAAGACGCUGCUGCUCGUAUCUGCGUCGAGCGCGGGAAAGAAGCUGGUGACCCUGAAGAACGCAGACAAGGACAUGGCGGGUGCUGUGAUGACGUUUGACUUUGGCAGCCUUCAUGGCGAUCUCACCGUUGGCACGCGCACAGCCCCGCUGGCCACGCUGCACGGUGACGCCGACUUUGCUGGCCUGGGUUGGACGCUGCAGGCAGUGAACUCAACCCUUGCGCUCGUGGGUGCACCGUUCCACAGCCACGAGGCCGGUCGCGUGCUGGCUGUUGAUCCCGCCACGCUCGCUGUCACCACCACAUACACGGCGCACGCGGGCCAGAAACACAACUCGCGCUUUGGCGCGUCGCUUGCUGUUGUUGCUGAUGGACCUGCCGGUGCUGGGGUGGCCUUUGCCAGCGCCCCGAUCCACACCACCGAUGCUGCCGAGCGUGUGGGCACCAUUCACACACUGUUCUAAGCGCUUUUGCAGGCCCCUUUUGCUUUCUUUCUUGCUUGUGCCCCUGCCUUUGUCUCACCUACAUUUGCAGCCCUCAACUUGCUGCUGCUUUUUGGUUACUUGCUUUCCCCUUCUUGUUUUGAUCUGCUCCUUGUUGCUGGUCACCAACCCAUUUAUUUUUUUGUUUUAUGUGCAAGGUUGGCGUUCCCGUGGCGAUUGCUUUCUUCACACAGCUUUCCCACCUUGCUUGCUUGCAGGGCUCCUCUCUCUCUCUCUCCUUGCCGCUAAUGACGCACUCGUCUUGUCGUGACAGCAUACGCAUGCACACGACACACGCACACAAGACUGUAUUUGUUGCUUGCUUUGCUUGUUCCCGCUGCUUGUUCUUGUUGCCUACCCGCUGCUUCUUCCUCACCUUUUGCUUCUUGCUUGCUUCGUGUUGUGCGCCAAACAAACCGACGCACGUCACCCUUAACAAUGG